CUCUCUAUCGUUGCCUCUUGAGCUUGAGCCCCUCGCACCCCCUCUUGGGCUUCCCCCGUGGCAUCCUGCGGUACAUGAGGGUCUCGGUGUAGAAGAGCUUCCACGUCCGCUUGGGCCGCUGGCUCGGCCACCACGGGAUGGCGCCCUUCUUCCAGUCCCGCUUCUUGUACUUCUUGCGCUUGAACUUGCGCAUCCCGUAACGCUUCCGCUGCCUCGUCCGGAUGCACCACAGGGGCAACUUCCUCCUGCCUCCGUGCUCAUCUGCGUCGGGCGCGAUCCUCUCGUCAGCAGUGUCUGGCUCGUCGAUCGGUGGCUUCUCUGCUGGUGGUGGGGCGUCAUGGUGGUCGCUGUUGGAGGGAUGGUCAACAGACGGCGGUCUUGAUGGGCCGGGGGGAGCCUCGAUUUCGGCCAGGGGGGAUGGCACAGAUGGUGGGAAGUCGCCUUGCAAUGGGAUCUCACUGAGGGGAUCAAAGCCGUCCUCCCUGUCCAACUCUCUCUCGUGCUGCACGAUAAGCUGAAGCCUUCCAGAGCCGAUGACACGCGCUCGAUGCCCACCCUCAUUAACAGCACAGCGCCACUCAUGAGCUGCAGAUCUCGGUGAAUAAUAGGACGAGCAGGGCUGGGGAGGGUCCGAUGGCUGCAGCAGUGGCUGAAUGAAGCGCGUGCGUGGAGGGUUUGGCGGCGGCAGCGGCAACGCUGGAUUGAUGCUGUGUCGAGAUUUGAGAGAUAAAGCCCGCCGUACGGGAGGCGGAAGGCUCCCUGACAUUGCCAUUGCAG